AUGAUCCACCGCAAUGUUCGUAACUCAGCCAAUUACCGACGUCUUAGACUUGCGCCAUACAAAAUCAACACGAAUGGAACUAGGCUGAGCGUGGGCACCGCUAGAAUGUCACGGUCCCAAGCCACUCUAGCGGACGAGGACAAGGCCUCCGACGUUGUUAUGCCAGAGGCCUUCCAGUAUGAGGAACUCCGCGCCGCUCAUGCUUUGGACGACGUGAGGACCCUAAGUCCUGACACCCCAACGUUCCCGUCGCCUUUCGCACAGGCCUUACAGGCCGAGAACCACAGUCUCGCACAGGCAUUUCAGGGCCAGAACCACAGUCCCCCGGCUUCUGUGUUUGUUGCAUUGCAGCAGCAUCAGUAUCACACGGAGGAUCUCCCCAUGGUGCUCAGCUCCAGGAAUACAAGCCCGAGUCCCAUGUCCGAAUUUGAUAUAGAAGGCGAUAGUUCCGAGAGCGCGGAGAUGAUGGCUUCUCUUACGGAGCGGGUUCAAGAGCUAUCAGACUCUUUACAAGGGCUGUUAGAGUCUUUAGCACGCAAAGAGGAUGAACAGCCCACCAGGGUGAUGGAAAUCAAGGUAGACGGUUCUACCUUGUGUUCCAUUGCUUUCAAGUAG